AUGGCUGAUGUUGAGCCGAGCAGCCCAAACGUUACAACCUUUGCGGAAACGCUACAGUACCGCGCGACCCAGUCCCGCAGAGCACGACCGGCCAAUGUGCAGACAGAGACCGCCGCUCCCGCAUCGUCGUCGACUCGCAUUCCUUUGCGCCCCGAGAACAGGCUCGACAAACGAGAUUCGCGAACGGGACUGAAGACCAUUUUUGGCAGAGCGAAAUCGGUUCGCGAAGUCGACCCUACGAAGUCCUACUUCGACACCGGACGGGGCAGCGGCCUUCGUGCCUCAUUAGCUGGGAUUAGCAACUGGUCUCACAUGCGGUCCGAUCUCGCGCUAUCCGGUAACCACUCGCGAUCCACGUCCAUAUCCGCCAAUGCGUCCUCCACCGACUUGUCCCUCAAGACAAGGCCUACCACUUCGGACAAGACCAGGCCAAACAACGCCCCCGCCGCGAGGUCAUCGCGAGGCAGUCUUGCGACGUGGGACCCUCCGCCCCUGUUCCAAGCAUACCCCCAAGCGAUCAAGCAUGCCCAACUCCUCGCAGCCACGACGUCCGCCGACGUGAUCCUCCGUCUCACUGACCGGAAAGGCAGUAUCAGUCUACGAGGGGCCCCGACCCAGCUCGCGCUCACCCCAGAGCCCGCCGAAGAGCACGCUGCUAGGGUAGCCGAGAGGGCGCGGAGGAAGCACCUACGAACGCUGUCCACGGUCAAGCUUGAGUGGACAUCCAAGACUUACGUGCUUUGCACAUCAGGCUACUUGCUCCAGUAUGCCGCCGACGGCAGUUUUGACCGCCUGCCGGAAAAGGUGCUGCACCUGAGCAAGGACUCUGCCGCGUUUGUCAGUGAUGCAAUUCCUGGCAAACAUUGGGUUCUCCAAGUCUCUUCGGCUAUGGAGUCCAAUGGCCUCACUGCCACCGACUCCCGGUCGCUGCUGGCCCGCCUGCCCUUCCGUGCGUCCGACAAGAGACAUGCCGCGAACUUCCUCAUGGUGUUUGACAGUGCCGAGGAGAUGGAGUCAUGGAUUGCUGUCCUGCGCCGGGAAAUCGAGGCGCUGGGCGGGAAGAAGAACCUUUCGGAAACCGGCAGGCCUAGGCCAGAUGGCAGAAUCGCUCAGCUGCGGAUCCAGCCAAGCCAGCGCACUCUGGUCGUCCGUGACCCGAACAGGUUCUCGCGAGUGCUUCCGCCGGACUUUUCCCUGAAAAUGGAACAAGUCAGGCUGCGCGAGGACGAGCCUCGCUCCGUCACGGAUGCUGAUACGACCCGAGAUCCCUCAAUCGACGACGUCUCCACCACCAACAGCAUCAUCUCCCACGACGGCCACCAGCUCGACAGCUUGCGUGACAGCACCAACCGGCUCUCGCACAUAUCGUCCGGCCAACGCACGUUUCUUACGUCUGCUGGCUCGUCGCCCGCGUGCUCCCCCGUGCGCGAUAGCUUUGCCAGCAGCCACUUUGAAGAUCUGCCUCCUCCGGUACGCGAGCCCUCUACGGUUAGGCCGAGACCGAACGCUGCGGCCAUUCUCGACCGCCGCCAGUCUCUGCAGACCUUGGGCUACUCGGAGCUGCGUGCUUCGCCCAUGUCGCGGCCUCCGUCCACGUACACGGAGGCCGACUUUGCUCACGUGGCCAUCAACUUCAGCAUCCCCACGAGCAGACGUUCCAGCGCCGUGAGAAGUCCUCCUUCUAGCCCUGAGCAGGCAAGGAAUAGGGACUCCGUUAUCAGGAACGCCCGCAAGCCUCCUCCAACCACGCUCGCCAUGGCACGGCCUCUGUCGAUAGUGGCAGACCAGCCGUCUCCUGUGCACGGUCUAGAGCCGGUAGCGGGUCAGGCAGCUGGAGUCUCCCGAACCAGAGAAAGCCAGGGGCACCGGACUUCGGUCAGCGAUGUAUCAAAUGCCUACCCUCCUAGACAAACCAGCCUUGGCCCCAAGAAUAAGACGGUUACGGUGACCCUUCGGACGAGUCCGCGAAAGUACGCUAGUUCACCGUCUCUUCAGGACGAGACUCCUGUCUCGCCGGAGCUCCGGACCUUCAUCCUCCCAUCCAAGACUCCCAGCCCGGCAUCUUCAUGUGAAGUCCGUCUUCAGGACUCCUCUCCUCGUCCACUGUCUUCCUCAGGGACUUGGUCCCGCGCUCAGGCAGUCGCCAAGAGGCUCAGUGCGCCUUCCCUCGCGAGCCGGUCCCCCGGAGACGACAUGAUCCCACCUCCCCCCCCGCCUCUCAGGGUGGUGUCAGCAUCACUUGCAUCAUCGUCGCGUGCCCCGACAACUUCUCCCGCUCCUUGGAGCAAGCAAGUGCCCUGCAACGACCACUCGCAUGGCGGCAUGGGCAGAAGUAGCAUGCCCGCACUGGUCGAAGGACCCCCGCCAGCGCCGCCACCAAACUAUGCGCUGCCACCCAUUCCUCAGAAACCACACUCCAAUGCGUAG